AUCGCGCAGCUCUCUGAUCAGCUGAGCGCAUUGUCCAGACAGCUCUUCGAUAGUGGAGGCGAUGGAUGCGGAUUGUGGAAGUGUUGGUGUUGACGACCUGCUCGUCCAAUGGGGCUUCGGGCAUCUCGCCGAGACCUUCAAAGGUAUGUCGCAGUCUCACUUCACGUUUCACCAUCACUAACUUCUAUGAUCUGGUGACUUAUUUUCAUGUUACUUUGUUAUACAGACCAGAGUAUUGAUUUAGAGGCGUUACUGGAAUUGGAUAACAAUGGCUUAAAGGAUUACCUACCUCUCCAUGGUGAUCGCCUAAAGUUUUUAAAGCAGCAGAGGAACUUCAAGGAACAGGCUGGAGGGGUUGAGGUUCUACUGCUUGAGAAAGUUGCAAGCCAUUCUGAUUCGCAAGCGUUCGAACCAGCUGAGGAGUCUACCUCAUCGACUUCGUCCUCUUUCACUGCUGUACCACCGUCCAUGAAUCCUUCGUCCUCUUCACUCAGUCAGAACAAUCUUGAGUACUGUGAUUUGGUACUCAAAGAUACAUUAGUGGAGUCAGCCCUUGCAAAACUAAAUGUGUUGGAAAUACUGAGGAAAGAUACUGUCUGUCUAAAGGCCAUUGAAAAGCUGUGCAGUGGUCAGCGACCCACUGGAGACUGGAGGAACCGUAUUGUUGACGUUUUAGUCACCACUGGUUUACUGCAUAUUUCUGAAGACUUAUCACUAACGCAACUGAAGUCGGUGGCUGGAGAAAUAGUGAAAUGCCUUCCUGGGGAACAAUUGGAGACCUACUAUUUGGAUGCUGACCCACCAUUACGAAAAUUUGUAGGAGGGAAGCUGGUUGACAAAUACCGUAAUCGGAAAAGAAGCUCUGAUGACCCUUUGAAGCCUGCCAAAAGGAGAAGAGGAGCUCAACAGCAACAAGAUACCCCUCCACCUCCAACUACAAGUGAGUUCAUGUGUAAUAUACAUACUGUCAGUGUACUAUAAUGUUGCUAUCGCAGAUGAACUUGGUGGGGUUGUUGUUCUUCCUGUUUAACACCUCGGCGACGUGCCGGCGGAGCGCCUACCGGAGUGUCUUCUUCACCUCCGCAAGGUGCAGCUGCAGGGCGCGGGCGCGCGGGAGCACCUGCCGGAGUCUCUUAUUCACCUCGGCGAGGUGAUGCUGCUGGCGGCGGGCGCGGGCGCUGCCGGGGGCACCUGCUGUAGUCUCUUGUUCACCUCGGCGAGUUGGUGCUGCUGGUGGCGGACGCGGGCGCUGCCGGGGCCACCUGCUGCAGUCUCUUGUUCACCUCGGCGAGGUG